AUGCAAGGACACGCUCAACCACUGAACGACCGCGAAGUCGACAAGGUCGGCGCAGAAUCCGUUGCCUCUCACGGCGCCAAGGCGCCUAAAGCUUUCAACAUCAUCACCAAUGCGCUACGUAACAUGGGCAUUGUCUACUCGGACAGCCCUUCACAUAGCUACUCGUUCACGGGAAAGGACGUGCCAUUCAGAGCCUGGAAGCAGAAUAUCAGCAACUUUAGAACGAAUGGAGGAAAACCGAAGCGGAGAAGACGUCGCUUGGUGUUCUGA